AUGAUGCUCUUCGUGUCCCACGCGAAAGGAGGAACCACUGGCCUACUCUGGCACGCGAUCGGGACAAAUGGAAGAAUUACUGGCGCCCGCUCGACCAGUUCGAAGAUCAACGGGAGGCAAGGUGAUCAAGACCCAGACGGCUGGUGUAGCGGUGUACAGAUUUCUCCACGCCACAUCCUAACCGCUGCCCACUGUGCGCUGACAUAUGACCCAAUUUAUGCCUUGGAACAAUGCAUGAUGAACAAAUCACACAAUGUUGUCACCGCUAUUAGAAGCCCCAAGGAGAUUUUAGUCUUCAUUGGUGGGAAUAGAACUGGCUGUUUCUCUCCACUACAUCCAGUGCACAUGGUGCAGUACGAAUCUUCUGAGAUAACUGUGCACAAUUUCGAAAUUUGCGAAUUGAUGAAUGAUCUGGCACUCAUCGAACUUAGUCAGAAUAUCUCGGAAACCGAUGCGACUCCGAUUUGUAUGCCCAGCGAGGAUCUUCCUUUAUCCGAAGUGCUAUACGUGGCUGGAUCAGGUGUUGAUCCUUCAAUUCCCUCGACUUUCACCAAGCCAUCCACCGAUGUUUUCCGGCAGCAAGUAGUAGCGCAAAAACUCCACUCUGUAGACGAAGUCAUGCAUAAAAUUGCAACACUCACCUUUGCGAAGUCUGCAUGUAGUGGCGACAGUGGUGGCCCAGUGUUCCAAGUGGACGAAGAUGGCAAGCACACACUAGUGGGAAUCACUAGCUCCGUUAAUCCACCGUGUGACAAACAUCUUUUCAAAAAUAGGGUGGGUUUCAGCACUGACGUACGUGCGUACCUGGAUUGGAUCUGCAAAUACUCAGGUGUUUGUCCAAUUGAGGAAGAAAGACGUCGUCAUGCAAAGACAAAGAAAGCGCCGAGAAACAAUGAUUUCUAUCAUUAUUAA